AGCGUGCGCUCGGCGGCCCCGCGACGCGCCGGUGGCUGGCGCAGCCCUUCGCUCGCCCGGCCUCCCCCUCCUUGGUUCCGCGUUCUGGUUCCGCCAUGGAAUCCAACAAGGAUGAAGCCGAGCGCUGUUUGAGCAUCGCCCUCAAGGCCAUCCAGAGCAACCAGCCCGACCGAGCGCUCCGCUUCCUGGAGAAGGCCCUGAAGCUGUACCCGACGCCGCGCGUUCGCGCCCUGAUCGAGUCCCUCAACCAGAAAAGCUCGUCUGCAGGUGACCGAGCCCAGCCCUCAGAGAACACCCGCACUACCCACAGGAAAGCAGGCAACACCCCUGCGGCCAAUGGUGAUGCCGGAGGAGGAGAGGGCACCAAGGGCUACACUUCAGAGCAAGUGGAGGCUGUGAAAAGGGUGAAGCAGUGCAAAGAUUACUACGAGAUCCUGGGGGUGAGCCGGACAGCGUCUGACGAGGAUCUGAAGAAGGCCUAUCGCAAACUUGCCCUCAAGUUUCACCCAGAUAAGAACCAUGCACCUGGAGCCACAGAGGCUUUUAAGGCCAUCGGCAUGGCCUACGCCGUGCUCAGCAACCCCGAGAAAAGGAAACAGUACGACCAGUUCGGGGAUGACAAGGGCCAGGCGGCCCGACAUAGCCACGGCCCCGGGGACUUCCACCGGGGCUUUGAGGCCGACAUCUCUCCUGAAGACCUCUUCAACAUGUUCUUUGGGGGCAGUUUUCCAUCCAGUAAUGUCCACGUCUAUAGCAACGGGCGCAUGCGCUACACCUACCAACAGAGACAAGACCGCAGGGACAACCAAGGCGAUGGAGGCCUGGGGGUGUUUGUCCAGCUGAUGCCUAUCCUCAUCCUCAUCCUCGUGUCCGCCCUCAGCCAACUCAUGGUCUCCAGUCCACCCUACAGUCUGAGCCCCAGACCGUCGGUGGGCCACAUCCACAAACGUGUCACGGACCACCUGGCUGUCAGCUACUACGUGGCCGAAACAUUCUCCAGCGAGUACUCAGGCGCCAGCCUCAAGACAGUGGAGCGGAACGUGGAGGACGAUUAUAUCGCCAAUCUGCGUAACAACUGCUGGAAGGAGAAGCAACAGAAGGAAGGGCUGCUGUACCGGGCCCGCUACUUCGGCAACUCAGACAUGUACCAUAAGGCGCAGAAGAUGAGCACGCCCAGCUGUAACCGGCUCUCCGAGGUGCAAGCCUCACUGCACGGCUAGGCCCAGGCCGCCGCAGGCACAACCAGACUCUGAAUCCCUGGAGAAUUAUUGGUGACAUGCACUGAGCCAAGGUGAUGGACCGUAUAUUUAAGGAAAAGACUUUAAACGAAAACCUAUUUAAGCAGAAUUGGAGGCCUCUCGCCGCCCAGCUCCCCUCCUCUCUCACCCCAUACUCGCAGACCCACCAUCUAACCCACUGACCCACUGACUGUCCGCCCUUCCCUCCAUUCGUCUUCCCUCCCUCCCAGGCUGGCGGAGGCGCUACUUGGCUCCUAGGAUACCGAAACCAUGGCAACCAGAGAACCUGAAACUGCGAAGGGCUGCAGUGGGGAAGGGACGCCCACUGCCUUCAGCCCCAUCCCCCUGCCAGGAGCAACCUUGUCCCUGCCCUAGGGGGUCCUUAGAAUGUACCGCAGCAGCGUGUGUAUAUGUCUAUAUAUCUAUAUGUACAUAGCACAUGAGAGAAUCUAUAUUGAGAGUCUACCUUGGAAGGGGCCAGGGAUCUGGUGACGUCCUUCCACUGAUGCCGUCCACAGGCUCAAGAGAAGGCACUUGUGAAAGUGGGGUGUCCCGGCCCAGCCCCACAGGGCAGCACAAUCAUGACACAAGAAAUCUGCAGAGUUCCCAGGGGACUGCCAGCUUUGUGGUCCAGCUGUUGUGAGCAGGGUGGGGUGAGGGGUCACCUCGAGUCCAGCUGGAGGCCCCCAGUCGGGCCUGCAGGGUGUCACCUCUCAAGGUCUGGCUGGGC